ACAUACACGAAAAAUACAGAGUUUGAAAGGGAGGGGUGAUGAUUAUCCCACAGUGUUAAUCUUUGACAAGACUGCAAAAUGGUUUUAUGUGAAGAUGCACUGGAUCCCCUUCUGGCUACUCCCCCCACCCCAAAAAAAAAAGCAAAAACUUUGUUUGUUCAGUGGAAAAGCAGUUAAAUGAAGAUGGAUCCAUCACUUGUUUUGUUUUAAUGAGUUCUAUAACAUAAUAUGGAAGUUGGAUGUGUUCAUGCGUCUCUCAUCCUCAGCUUGGUUUUUUUCAUUGCAAGCUCAGAUCAGUGCUCCUUUUGUUAUCUCUAGCUCUCACUAGUUUCCUAUGCUCUGGGUUUUCUCCAUUCACCUUUACAAUUUUAGUAUUGAUCACAUCAACAAUACUUAUCACACUUGCAAAGAAAAGAAACUCCUUGGCUGAUCAGAAUGCCGAGGAUGUCAACAUGCUUGAAUUGGAAAGUGAAGAGAGACUAUGCCUUGAUGAACUUGGCUGUGAUUCUCAAGAGAAGCCUGCCCAACAAAGUGAAACUUGUCAGCCUCGUGACGUCACAAGUGAACUUGAGCUCAGUUGUGUUAUGGUUAAUGAAAAUGCAAAUGAUCAGAGCCCAGUGAGCUCCGACGGUUCGUCCGACGACGACGAAAAUGAUGAUGGACUAAUUGAGAUUGCCCUUCCGAUACCCGAUGGAGAUUUUGUUGAUUCUAGUGAAGAAUCAGAUAGGGAAUCACACUCGAAUUCGCGGGAUAUUUUGCCGGAGGCUGGUUUCCAGCAAGAAAGCCUAAUGGAGCUCUUAGCUGAGAUCAAUGAAGAAGAGAACUUGUUUGAGAUUGACAUUUCUCCAUUCUAUGAUCCAUCAAAUGUUCAUGAUUUGAGAUUGAAGCAUGAUUGAGCUAAGAAUAUACACUUAGUAGAUCUUCAAUCUACAUCACUAUAUGUAAAAGUUCCAAAUUUUGAUCUAUCUGAGUUCACUGUUAAGGCUCGGGCUUCGGUUCAUGUUCUGAAACUUAGUCUUUAGACCAUUUAAAGGGUUUUUAAUCCUUGUGGAGCUCCUGCAGUUUCAUUGCCUUUGCUUUUAUUAGAACUUGCACCACUGUUCUUCAUUUUUCUUCUGGUA